AUGAAUAAGCCAUACGAUAAAACAGUGAAAGACUACCCUAUUUAUGUAUACGGAAAGAUACAUGAUUUAGUGGAAGAGCUAAAUAGGUAUCAUCAAAAAUGUUACAUUAAUAAUGAGAAGAAUGUAGAUUUGUGGAAGGAGUUUAAGUACAAGAAGAAGAAAAGGUUCCGGUUCCUUUCGGUGCUGGAUUAUUAUGCGAACGUUAGGAACAAGAAAUGGGAAUUCGACAUCAUUCCAAUCGUAUUUAACGAGGAAUAUGAGAUUUUGUAUCUAGGCGUUUCGAUGCUUUUCAACGACAGUUUUUCGGAGGAGUACAAAAGGGGUAGAUACAACUACAUAGAGCUCUUUAUUUGUAACUUCGAAAAUGAUAAUGUGAAUCAGUGCCAAAGUGAGUGGAUACCAUCGUUGCCUCUCAGAAAUGGACGUAACACAGGCGACAUUAUGGACUGCCUUGUUAAGGUGGAGGAUUUGAAGAGAAUAGACAUGGAGGGGGAGAGCCUCCGUAAAAUAAGCACAGAAAUGGCUAGAACGCGCAACACCAGUGAAAGUAAUGACGGAAAGAAUGAUCAUGAUGAUGAUACGGAAGGACGUCUGAUAACCUCCAUAAAUGAUAGUUACCACUUGGAGAGAAAGGUCGGGAAGAAAAGGGAGACGGAUUUCCCUUUGGCGGAGGAUUUCUCCAGCCAAGAUGAACACUUCCCAUCUGAUAGCAUUAGAAAUGACUUCAUCGGGAAGGCUAAGGCCAAUUUGAGUAUCGGCGGUGAUCAGGUGGAUGCUCGUCUAUUACUCGCGCGAAAUGUAAACGUCAUUCAAGACAACGACAUGUCCACACUGAGGAGCAACCUGAGCUGCGAUAGCGGCAGCAGCGUGCGAAACAGGUUUAUCGCUAGCAGCAACAAGGAGGGAUUCCCUCCAGGGUAUUGUUAUAAGAAGGAUGAAGAGAAUAAUUGGAAGCGAGGAAGUACCAACGGGGAAGAUUCCUCUACAGAUAGGGGGGGAGCAAUAAACGGGAAAGGUGGAAAAAAAGGUCGUCAAGGUGUCUAUCCCUUCUCGCAUCUGGCAACUGGUGUUGACUUUCACAAUAGAGAAACGGAACACACGACUGAUGAUGCGGACAAAAGAAGCAUUCACAAAGUGGCGUACUACAAGAAUGUGAAAGAGGUAAACGAAGUGGAAGAGAAGACAUACAUUUCGUCCGAAGGGGGAUCCACAAAAAAAGUGAUGAAUUAUGAGUACCUCUACAGAAGUAGAGAAAGCGAAACGAUGUACUUGGAUCCCCUGAGGGGAAGGAACCAUCAUCCGUCCAAGGGGGACGACUCCGCACAGGGGGACGCCAAUGAAUUGGACGCAGUGGAGGAGAGGCCGUUCGCCAACAACUGCAACGGGAGGAGAGGCUACACAAAGAGCAUGCAUACAACCAUGGAGCGGAGUGAGGUAGUACUGGAGGGAAGUCCCGCCGCAGUGGGUAACCACAUUGCAGAGGCUAACCGCUCCGGAGCAGGGGCAGCACCGACGGGAAGAUCCUCCCCCCUUGGCCACUUCACACGACUCACAGAGCACGAAGAAAUUACGCUUGUUAAUCGUAAUGAGAUGAUACAGAGUAGCGACAGGGUGCACCUUGUCGAGAGCGAGGAGUACCAGAGGGACACAUAUAUCACUGCGGAGAGCAGGAGCAACCAUAAUAGAGUGACUGACUUCAACGCACAGGAAAGCAAAGGUAGCGAAGCCGAUAAACGGAACGAGUUUAAGCUAGGCUCCUUCAGCUCCAAAGGAAACAGAACGUACAACGAAGACAGAGUAAUCACCAUUAGGGAUGUCAACCAAUUUGUGCAGAAGGAAUAUAAGGAAGUGAUCGAGGAGAGGGGGAAUCUGCUAAGUGAGUCCCUCGAGAGGGAGUACUACCACAUGCUGCAGAAGUCGCAGAGUGUGGACAGCUCAUUCGGAUAUCCCUCGGUCGAAUCGGAAGCGUCAGGAGAGGAGGCGAGAGUGAAGGCGAGAGCCGCGGCAACUGGGAUCACUGCUGCGAGGGUAAGCUCUUCCGAGUCCCCCCCCCCUCCUUACAUGUAUUGCGCCAUCUACGACGGACACAACGGCGAGAAGGCGGUGAACAUCAUCCAGAAGUUGCUGCAUCUGCAUGUGCACACAUACUACAUAAAUGGAAAUGGGAUGUCGAAUUCGUUAAAAUAUGCCUUCCACAAGAUGGACGAGCACUUGUGUAGGAAGACAAUAAAUAAUGAGGAGGAUAAUCACUCGAACUUUUCCAGCGGAAGCACAGCAUGCGUCAGUGUCAUCUUCAAACAUAUGAUGUAUAUAGCGAACAUAGGAGAUAGCCGAUGUGUGCUGAGUAAAAAUGGCAGGGCAGUUGUCGUAACGGUGGAUCACCGAGCUGGAGGAAAUAAAAAGGAGGAAGAGAGGAUUAUAACCUCUGGAGGGAUCUUAGACGACGAAGGGUAUCUAGGUGGAUGUUUAGGAGUGUGUAGAGGAUUUGGCUCAUUUGACAAAAAGACUAGAGAAAAAUUAAAAGGUCUUGUUUGUGAACCGGACCUAUUUCAAAUAAAGCUAACGGAGGAUGAUGAGUUCCUGAUUAUCUGCUGCGACGGGAUUUUUGAUGUUAUGACUUCGCAGGAGGCGGUGAACACCGUAAGGGCUUCCCUGGUGGAGAGCUCUGACCCUACGGUGGCAGCGGAGGCCUUGUGUCAUUUGGCUUACAAAAGGAAGGCCCUGGAUAACCUGUCCGUCGUCGUCGUGAUUUUUCAGAGCCCCGAGACGAAGAAUAAGGCGCAGUCCAGCGAAAGCGCCAAUUUGUACACCGGCCAGGCGGGCCGUUCCCGCAGGAGGUACGUCCAGCGGGGGAACAUACCAGCUCUCGAACGCGCAGCGAUCGGAAGAGAAGCCAUCGAAAGAGCAUGA